CAGCUGUUAUUGCUCAUCGGAGCGAGUGCACACACUUUGCAUGCAACCGAGUUCGCUCGCAAUGCGGGAAAGGCCACAGAUGUCUUGUAUAAAACCAUUCAAGCCAUUGGCGGAACUCAAGCGCUGAAUGCUGUGAACGGUCUCCAAUACCAUUCUUCGCUCUUUCGAAGUCAGACGCUUACACAGAACUACGAUGUUAUUCGGUCCGACCAGGGUGUAUCCGAAGCUGGCUCUCAGUCGGUCUCCUUUAGCUUCGCCGAAAAGCAGCUGCAGCAGCGCAUCGAUCGAAAGUAUCAGUAUGGAGAUUACUGGAUCUGGGCGUUCCCAAACCUCCAACCAGAUAUCGAUUACUCCAUGGUGGUGCAGUCAGGUCCAAAUGGCUUUGCAUGCUUCAACAAGGGACAGAACUCCUUCUUUGCAGAAGAUCCAUCUCAGCCAUUAGGCUUCGCGGAUCCCUUUGCCUUCACUACGCUCCAGAUGCCUGGCCUGAAUCUUCUUUUACUCAUUGAUCAGUCCACAUUCCUCCCAUUUGCGGUCCGGGCUCCGGAAGAUCAUCUCAUCUUUGGCCCUUCCACGAGCGACGUGGUCUUCUUCAACUAUACAAAUGUUCCGGUUGGCGACCAUCAAAUGAAAUUUCCUCACCGAAUCCAGACGCUGUACAAUACGGUAUCUGUUAUAGAGGACUUCGUCAUUGAUGAGCUCAUGGUUAAUCCUAAGUUUGAGGCCGAUUUCUUCUCGCCAUCAAAUGCGACCAAGACCAGCCACAUGCCCCCACGCUCCAGUUCAGACUACCCAAGGUCUGAAGUUCAUGAAUUUUUUGAAACGGGACUCUGGGGCGGCCCAUUCGGAGACGUGUUCAACUCUUCAAGCGUUCAAGCCGCACCCGUGUUCCCCAACGGUUCCACGCCAGAAAUCAUGAAUUUGUUCGUUGGCUAUCCAGACUACAUUCAAAUGCUGGUCGAGAUGGAAGACGGGCUUAUCAUUACAGAUGCCCCUGCAUUCCGAUCCAGUAUCGUUGUCGAAUGGGUGAAGAAGAACAUGGGAGGCAAAAGAAUUACACACGUUGUGCCCUCCCACCAUCAUCGUGACCACGCUGGCGGAGUCGGUGACAUCUUGGCGGCUGGUGCGACGCUGGUGAUACCCGAGGUUGCAAAACCGCUGUACGCAAAUGUCAACGGAGGAAAGUUCAAGACUAUCACGUACAACGAGGAAAAGCCCUUUGUCCUCAAAGAUCGCAAGGUGCAGUUUGCAUCGUUUUGGCACCCAAGGGCUGCACACGCCGAAGACUGGGUGUUUUCCGUCGCUGCUCCAGCUUGUUGGACGGAUGCCAGCUCUGAAUUUGCCCUUUUCAAUGCAGAUGUUGUUAGCCCUAGCUCUGGUCCGGCAACAAGGUGGGACACUGGAUAUGCCCGAAAUUUUCUUCUUGAUGCCAUCGCCGAUAGUAUCCCAAGAAGCGCUACUCUAAUUGGAUCCCACGGA